AUGAGUAGUAUGCUAAGUGAUCAACACAUAUUGUUUCCUAAUCGUGGCGAAAAAUCAUACAAAUUAAAUGAGUUUCUGGCGAUUGUCAAUGAUAACUGUGAUAAGCAAUAUGAAUUACCAAUUAUAGUUAAUAUAACAUCAUUAAAUAGCUAUGGAAAAUCGAUAAAACAUCUCUUGCUGAAAACGAAUGCAUUUUUACUAUUCAGUAUCUCUCAAAUUGACUCAAUUUUAGCUGAAUAUCACCAUGCACCGGAUGGAAAUCAGUAUAUUCACCGAAAUAGAUUAGCAUUUAUGCAAAAGAGAACUACUUCAAAAAGAACAGUGAAAUUUCAAAGAAUGAAAAAAUUGUCUAAGUCACUUGUUUCAUUAACUUCUGAUGGUCAGGCGCCUAUUCCUGUUGGUGAUGAUGGUCUACCUGAUGAUAAAAAGAAUAUUCCAUAUAAUGAACGAACUAUUAUUAACAAUUUAAAUCAAAAACGUCCUUCAGCAACUCCCCAUUGUCGUGUACCUAUGGAAUUUCCACGCUUUUUUGAACUGCUUAAUGAAAACGAUAAACCAAUUCAGCCGUGUCAUAUAUUGAGUGAAUUGCUUAUUAUUGAGAAAAAUAUUGAUGAUAACGAAAAGCAUGUUGAGAAAUGGCCAAAUGCUUUUCUACUUCGUAGUUCAUGUAAAGCCUAUACAGAAAAACAGCCAUCGGAAGUUUUAAAUUCAACAAACACGACUCGACGUUCACAUACAACUACUAAUUCUGGUUCUAGCUACAAUACAAGACAAGAUAAAGAAUCAUCGAAGAGUCUCAUUGAAUUAAAUGAUGAUACGGAGAAUCUUCAAUCUGGACAAAUUUUAACUAUUUUAAAUGAUUGUUAUGCUUUUCGUAUGCGAUUAUCGGAUAAAGAAUACAAAGAACAACAGUCACCCCCAUCGCCAUCGCCAUCACCAUCUCUUUCCUCUUCACUGUAUUAUCCAGUAAAUUGGAUGCGAGAAAAAACGAAAUUAUUGUUAUCAAAGAAACGCAAAAGUACAGCUAGUAGCGAUGCUAUACCAAGUGAAAAUAGUUCUAGUACAGCAAUUCCUAAAAAAGCAGAGCCCUAUUUAAAAUGUCGAACACAACAAGGUAAUAUUGUUUAUAUAUUUCUUCAUGAACCUGGCGCUUUUAGUCCAAUUCAUUACGAAAUCAAAGAUUCAAAUGCAAAUACAAAUACAGAAACAAAUCUUCUUGGUGUAUCCGGUGUUCUUGGCUUAAAAGAUAUACUUUCAAAUUUUCGUCUUCCAGUAUCGGUUCAUGUUGUUGAUGGUUUAACUAUAUUUGAUAGUAUUAACUCAACUACGUCUGUUAGUCGAGACGAAUCAUCAAUUUCAGCAUUGACUAAGUUGCGUUUACUUAUGCCAUACGAUGAAAAUGUUGUUUUUGCUCAUCCAUUACUAUUACAUCCACAAAAAUCUCAUAAAUCAUCAUCAUCAAGUAUUAUUAUUCCUCUUUCAGUAGAUGCAGAUAUUGAAAUUCAACCAUGUGUAAAUAUGUCUCAAAUAUCCAAAACUGAAAUAUUUCAAAAACUACUUGAAAUAUGCCUCGAAAGAAUCAAACUAUAUAGAACAGAAGUAUCGCUCAUUAAUGUUCCUAUUAAACUAAAAAGCAAUAAAUAUCAACAAAGGCCAUCACUGACUAAAAAACGUUCUCAGUCUAUGUCUUAUUUCGACGAAAGACCUAACGACCAACUUCAACCGUACGAUCAAAACACAAAUAAUAACAAUCAACAGUCGAAUUAUUCAAUGUCUUUCGCAUCUGUUGAAAGUCUCGAUCGAGCUAGUACUGAAGCAUCCGAAAGGAAAUCCUCAUCAAGCGAUAAAAAAAUAAAGCCAAAACUCAAGCUGUCAGAAUAUCAUCAAAAAAUAAAUCAAGAGAAUCAGAGAAAAUUUUCUCAAGACAUGCUGGCUAAAGAAGAUGAAAUGUAUAAAGAUGUCGACAAAAUCUAUGAUUAUAUUCGUACAGGUGCUAUUAUGCAAGAAGUAGAAAUAAUUCAAGCGAAACAACAAACAGGCGACAGUACGCCUAUAAUUAAUAUUUCAAGUUCGACACCAAAAGAAUCUGAAAGACAAAACUCAUCAGAAGAUCGUAGUUUAGGAACAAUGAUCGCGCAUAGAUUUUCUCCGAAAGUAAACGUUAUUAAAACAUUUAGUAUUGGUUUUGAAGUACAAGAAACAUCUACAAACGAUGGCAAUGUUAAUGAUGAACAAGCUCGUGCUCUUUUUCUAGCAUCAAAACACCGUUUAAAACCUAAUUGA